UUGCAAAUUCGACUCCCACGCCUCAGCCUUUUUCACACGAUAGGCCACUGUCUCUGGUCAAAGCUCACAAAUCAAAUCGAACAACUAAAACAAACAGGCCAAAGAAAAACAUUCAAGGAAAGACCCGAACAAAACUCAUAACAAUGAACUUCAAAAUCCUUGCCUUCUCCGCUGCUGCCCUCAUUGGCAUGGUUUCGGCCCAGCCCGAGUUUCCUCAGUGUACUAUUGGUACCGAUACUAAUGCUUGUUCCACGCCGUUUGGCGAAGAUGGCUUCUUUGUCUGUCGCGUCCAAGAUGCGGCCAGCAGUCUUCGUCCAACUCUGGCCCCCGGUAUGGCAGGCAUGGGCCGUGGCCGUCGCGGCAGAGGUCCUCGUGGCUUGUCUCGCUCCAAGUGUGUUCCUUUGAACCCACCCGAGUUCGAUGGCCCAGGUGACAAUGGUCACAUUGACUUUCCACGUGUCGAGUGUGGCUGUUGCGACGAUGUUUGUCCCACUCCCGUGGAAUGUGGUUGUCCUUGUGACAUUGAGCUCCCUUACGGGGCAUCCAUGAAAGGUUCGAAGGCGACGAUUACCAAGCCUGAUGGAACGCAGAUCAACAAGUGUGUCCCUCCAGCCUACGCUGACGCGGACAAGGUCACCUGCAUUACGGAGUGCCCUGCUGAGGUUGAGACGCGUUUCCCCCUCUAAGCUCUUUAGACGUUGGAAUGUUGGAAUGUGCCUUGGAAAUUGUUGGUUCGCAGGUACCGUACGGUUGAGUAGGAGCGGAUCGUUAUGAUGUCAGGAUUCAGGAUGUGAGCCAAGGCAUGAAGAGCAAGGACGAAAAGAAAGAUAGCAAGACGAUUAAGAAGUACAGAACGCAAUGGUAUAGGUCUCGUAGGGUACCGGUGGGCACGCCAAUGCCUUCAAGAUCCACAGCUGCUCUAGCUGACCAGCACACCGAAGCCUACAACUACUAGUAUGAACCGCUCCUAGCUAGCUAGAUUCAAACGCUCCACGAUCGUACGACACGGCUACCACGUCGAUUGCUGCGCCACGGAUGAACUUGGGAAACUACAUGUAUGAAUGAUUGCUAUUAUGUUUGCGUCAAUCUGAACUUGAGAAAACAUGUCUACGUUGGUCAUUCUUUGGUUUUCUUUUCCCCCUUGGCUUUCUUGACCCGUUCUACCCACGUGGGGAAGAACUCAUGAAAACGUUGCAUAGCCUGGCGGACCGUUUCAAUGCCACCCGCAUAAGAUAUGCGAAAGCGUCGAUCUCCCAAGCUGGAAUCUGGAUCUUCAAAGUCGGUUCCUGGCGUCAUGGCCACGUACUUUUCUUGCAAUAGCAAAUCGCACAUUUUGACCGAACCAAGUCCCGGUGCUACGUUUUCUUUACCCAAGUCCACGUAGAUGUAGAAUCCCCCAUCCGCCGGUGCAAUGUUUGUGUCGUCAAUCUCUGCGAUGGAAGCAAGUUGGUCCAGAAUGAGUUGUCGACUGGUCCUAUAUUUGGUGACAUGUUUUUCGAGCUCUUCAAUGGUGUCGCCAUCCCAGCAUUUGAGAGCAGCCGUUUGCGAUAUUGUGGGUGCAUUGAUGAACAUGUUUUGCUGCAAACUGUUGAUUGGUUCGACGAGUUCUUCGGGGAUAACCAUCCAGCCCAGACGCCAUCCAGACACUGGCAAGCAAAAACGACAAGGGCAUUGAGUGUUACCGAAUGAAUGAAUGAAGCCAAUGCAUGGCCAGCAAAGGGCGCGUGCACUUGCGAUGGGUAGUUCGGUACUUACUGGAGUAAUAUUUGGAGAAUGAG